CCCUCGUUUUGGAACCUUUUCUCUAUUCAGAAAUCUUAAAUCUCGCAAAACACAUUCGAACCCCAUCGAUUUUCUCUUCAUCACUCUCCGCCGCCGCACACAGUCGUGCUCAGCCUUUUCAACCGCCGUACGUAACAAUAACCAACCCUAGAGAUGGGUAGAGGCGAAGGAAGUGAAUCGUCCGAGGAAGAAGGGCAGUUCGUCAGAAAUCGUGAAGAGAAGCGAGACCGCCGUGGAGCUGACGUGGAGGAUCUUCGCCGGAAACAUCGUGGUAGUGAAGAUUUAGAGGAAGAAGUUGAUCGAAAAAAGAAUAGGGAUAGGGAUAGGGAUAACCGUCGAAGGUAUAAGGGUUCUUCAGAUGAAGAACGUGAUGUGAAGAGAAUUAGGGAUAGGGAAAGAAGGCAUAGGGCUGAUAGGGUUAGGGAUAAUGAUAAUGAUAAGGAGAGAGAUCGGCGUCGUCGGUAUAAGGAUGAUUCGGAUGAGGAAUAUGAUAAGAAGAGGAAUUUGGAUAGGGAAAGGAGGCAUAGAGUUGAUAGGGAUGAUGAUAAUGAUAAUGAGAAGGACAGGAAGAGAGAGAGGGAUCGACGCGAUGACGAUGAUAGGAGGAAUGUGGAGAGAAGGGAUAGAGUUGAAAAGAAUGGUGGUGAUAAUGAGAGGGAAGAAAGUAAGAAGAAAGAGGAAGGAAGUGGGAGAGCGAGGACGGUGAUACCGGCAAGUGUGAUAAAUGGAGAUGCAUCUAAAUUAGGGAAAAGUGGAGGGGUUUACAUUCCCCCGUUUAAGUUAGCGAGGAUGAUGAAGGAAGUUGACGAUAAGAGUAGUCCGGAGUAUCAGAGGUUGACUUGGGAUGCUUUAAGGAAGAGUAUUAAUGGAUUGGUGAAUAAGGUGAAUGCUACUAAUAUUACGAAUAUAAUUCCGGAGUUGUUUGCGGAGAAUUUGAUUCGUGGAAGAGGGUUGUUUUGUAGAUCGUGUAUGAAGUCACAGAUGGCGUCACCCGGGUUUACGGAUGUAUUUGCUGCGAUGGUUGCUGUUGUUAACACAAAGUUUCCCCAAGUUGGUGAUCUUUUACUUAGGAGGAUCGUUUUGCAGCUGAAAAGAGCGUAUAAGCGUAAUGACAAGCCUCAAUUACUUGCUGCUGUGAAGUUUGUAGCACAUUUGGUGAAUCAGCAAGUGGCUCACGAGAUUAUCGCGCUAGAGCUGCUCACGGUUUUACUCGAGAAGCCUUCCGAUGACAGUGUUGAAGUGGCUGUUGGUUUUGUGACAGAAGUUGGCUCAAUGCUGCAGGAUCUCUCACCUAGAGGACUUCAUGGUAUCUUUGAGCGUUUUCGUGGAAUUCUGCAUGAAGGAGAAAUUGACAAACGUGUUCAAUUUCUAAUUGAAGGAUUAUUUGCCAUAAGAAAGGCAAAGUUUCAGGGUUAUCCAGCUGUUCGGCCUGAACUUGACCUCGUGGAGCAGGAAGAUCAGUUAACCCACGAAGUCUCCUUGGAUGAGGAAAUAGAUCCCGAGACUUCCCUUGACAUAUUCAAACCUGACCCCAAUUAUCUGGAGAACGAGAAGCGUUAUGAAGAGUUGAAGAAAACCUUGCUGGGUGAGGAAGAGGAAUCAGAGGGAGAGGAAGGCUCGGAUGCUGAAUCGGAUGAAGAUGAUGAAUCCGAUGAAGAGGACGAGGAAGCUAUGCAGAUAAAAGAUGAAACAGAGACUAAUCUUGUCAAUCUGCGGAGGACUAUCUAUCUAACAAUAAUGUCCAGUGUAGAUUUUGAGGAAGCAGGUCAUAAGCUUCUAAAAAUCCAUCUUGAGCCAGGUCAAGAGAUGGAAUUGUGCACUAUGCUUCUCGAAUGUUGCAGCCAGGAGAGAACUUAUCUCCGAUAUUACGGUCUUCUUGGGCAGCGUUUCUGCAUGAUUAACAAAGUUCAUCAAGAAAAUUUUGAGAAGUGCUUCGUGCAGCAGUAUUCAUUGAUCCACAGGCUCGAAACAAAUAAAUUGAGAAACGUGGCUAAAUUUUUUGCUCAUUUGCUUGGGACUUUUGCUCUGCCUUGGCACGUCUUAUCUUACAUUCGCCUGACUGAGGACGACACAACUUCUUCUUCGCGUAUAUUUAUUAAGAUUCUCUUCCAGGAAUUGUCAGAGCAUCUAGGCAUCCGGUUGCUAAAUGAGAGGUUAAAUGAUCCAACCAUGCAGGAUUCUUUUGAAUCCAUUUUUCCCAAGGACAACCCUAAAAACACACGAUUCUGCAUCAAUUUUUUCACAUCCAUUGGUCUUGGUGGUCUUACUGAGAAUCUGCGUGAGUAUUUGAAAAAUAUGCCAAGGAUGAUCAUGCAACAACAGAAGCAAGUUUCAGAUUCUGACUCGGAUAAAAAUUCUGCAAGCUCCGAUUCAUCAGAUUCGGGAACCAGUUCGGAGUCAGAGUCAAGUUCUGAUGAAAGUGAUAGAGAAAGAAGAAAACGUAGAAGAAAAUAAACACUGUGCUAGUUAAGAUGCUCCAUGACGAGUUUGUAACCUGUGUUUUUUUUUUAAAUAUUUGAAUUGAAUUAGAUAUUUGUUUACUACCUAAGCUUUCUUUGCUCAGUGACAUUAGCUACUCAUGCACACACUUGGUACAUACGUACAAUUGAAUUUUGAUUUUGGAUUGUAUUUCUUCACUUUUUAUGUAUGGUGUUCAAUUGUGUUGCCUGGAUGAUGAA